AUGCAGGUUCUUCCACCUCCUAAUGUUACUGGAGCUCUACACAUUGGUCAUGCUUUAACUGCUGCUAUCCAGUGCAUAACAAUGAAUAAGGAAUGUGCUAGUGAACAAUCUCAUGGCCUUAUGACUGGACCUUCAAAUAAUAUCUACAAAGAACUGAAAUUUGAUUAUGUAGAUAACUUUGACAGACAUAAUUCAGGUUUUACAAAUAGUGUUUCACCUUUACAAUAUCAUACAACUGAGAAAUAUCAGGUACUUUACCGUUUUCUGGAGUUCGUUAGUAAUUUUGACUGGGAAAACUUUUGUGUUAACUUAUGGGGUCCUGUGCCAGUAAGCCCACUUCCAGAUGUGACUGCUGAGCCACCUCGUAAAGACAGUGGAGAAUUGUUGUUGAACAAAGUAUUUCUUGAUGCUUGUAGCUCUUUAUAUGCUGUUUUUCCUGGUGGUCAGGACAACCAAGGGCAAACUUUUGUUUCCAAACAUUUUAAUGUUAUUGAUCCAUUACGUGUUAGCAAUAAUCUUGGAUGCAGUGUCAGUAAAGUAUUACAAUUUGUUAGGUAUACCGGUGAGUUGUCUGUUGAUGCUGUUACUGAUUGUCCGGUUGGGCUCAGGGGGAGAUAUGAUCUACGUAGAACUCCAACCCUUCUAUCAAGAUUUGAUCUUUUGUGGUUAUCCUUGACAAGGCAAAUAUGGACAAUGAUCUUGAAAUGGUAUAUACUAUUUACUAUUUACAUUAUGAUGUCCAUUAGAAUAGAGAAUCUCCUGCCCUUGGCUUUGCCCUUGACUAGGCUUACAGCAAUGGUUGCAAGAAAUGAGUUCAGAAGAAGAAGAAGGAGCACGGCUGCAACUAUAGUUGUGAAUUCUAGCAGAAGAUAUCGUGUAUGUGUUCUUGUGCUAGCUACUGUUGUCGAUUCGGGAACAUCCUAG